AUGGACGCGGCCCCGCCACCUCUCCUGAUCGCGGCCCCGCCGCCUGCUAGACACGGCCCCGCCGCCUCCUUUGACGCGGCCCCGCCGCCUCCCCUGACGCGGCCCCGCCUCUACUGCCGCGGCCCCGCCGCCGCCUCUGACGGCCCCGCCGCUGCACCCUACGGCCCGCCGCUGCAUCCUACGACCCGCCGCUGCUCCUGCCGGCCCGCCGCCUCACCUGACGGCCCCGCCGCUGCUCCUGCCGGCCCGCCGCUGCUCCUGCCGGCCCGCCGGUGCACCUGCCGGCCCGCCGCUGCACCCAGCGGCCCGCCGCCUCUGACGGCCCCGCCGCUGCACCCUUCGGCCCGCCGCUGCUCUUGCCGGCCCGCCGCUGCACCCUACGGCCCGCCCUUGCACCCUCCGGCCCGCCGCCUGCACCUGCCGGCCCGCCGCUGCACCUGCCGGCCCGCCGCUGCACCUGCCGGCCCGCCGCUGCACCUGCCGGCCCGCCACUGCACCGGUCGACCCGCCGCUGCACCUGACGGCCCCGCCCCUGCAUCUCCCGGCCGAGCCGCCCCAGCAGCCGAACCGCCCAGGAGCCGAGCCGCCCAACGCCGAGCCGCCCGGGACCCGAGCCGCCCUGCCGCCGAGCCGCCCGGGAGCCGGGCCGCCCUGCACCCGAGCCACCAAGCCGCCGAGCCGCCCAAGAGCCGAGCCGCUGUGCACCCGAGCCGCCCGGUCGCUGAGCCGCCUUUCUGCAUAGCUGCACGACCUGCCCUGCCUGACGACCUGCAGCUGUUCUUACAGUGCGACAGGGCUGACGACCUUUCUCUCUUUGACCUCACCUCUGGCGCCUCUCCUGCUCCUGCUGCUGAUGCUGAUCCCACUGUCCGCUCUAAGUGGGCCACCCGCGAUGCUGCUGCACGUCUUGCUGUGCGUCGCCACCUCCCUACCUCUGAGCGUGCGCACUUUAGUCAGUACAAGAGUGCUCAGACCUUGUACGACGCUGUAGUUGCGCGCUACUCCUCCCCUGCCACUGCUGCACUGAGCCGUCUCAUGCUUCCCUACCUCUUUCCUGACCUCUCUGCCUUUCCCACUGUCGCUGACCUCAUUACGCACCUCCGCACUAGUGACACUCGCUACCGCGCCGCCCUUCCUGCUGAGUUCUGCGCUAAGAACCCCCCCCCCAUGUACAUCGCUCUCUACUACGUAGUCGCGCGCCUCCCUGACUCCCUUCGCGUCGUCAGGGACCACUUUCUCGCAGUCUGUCCCACCACCCUCACCGUCGACCUCCUCGAGAAGGCCCUCCUCGCAGCGGAGAAGAGCAUAGUCGCUGUAGGUGCUUCUCGUGGUGACCCUCGCACCCCCAUCUUUGAGGGGUGCUCUCCUUCCCCCUUGCUGCCCUCUGUUGCCUCUGCUGCUGCUGCCGACCUGCUUGGUCUUGAGUCGGUCGGCGCGGCGUCUGCCCCUAGUGGGAGACGUUGCUCCAGCAAGGGCAAGGGGGGCAAGGGCGCGGGUGGAGCUGGAGGGGGCGGUGGCGGUGGCGGCGGUGGCGGCGGAGGGAGUGGGGGUGGCGGCGGGACUAGUGGUGGAGGUGGUGGUGGCAGCAGUGGCGGAGACGGUGGUGGUGGUGCCAGCGGUGGUGGUGGAGGCAGCGGCGGUGGUGGAGGCGGCGGAGGUGGAGGCGGUGGAGGCGGCAGCGGAGGAGGCGGUGGUGGUGGAGGAGGUGGAGCUGGUCGAGGUGGUACCCAGCAGCGUAGCGGCGGUGGUGGUGGCCAGCGCUCGCAGCGGCAGCAGCAGCAGCGCUCGCGGGACAUCCCUCCGCCUCAGCAGCUUCGUGAGUGGUACGCUGGGCGUCAGAGGGGUGGGGGUACUGGUCCCUGCACCUACGUUCUUCGUUCCGGCGUCCGCGCGGCGAUCUUUGAUCUUGAUUUUGAUGCUAUCCUUGCUGCUAUGUAUGUUGUGGAUUAUAGUGAGGAGAAUGAGGGUUACCGUUGUUUCCAGCCCGACCCGGGCAUUGGUACUGCUGCGCUAGGUGCUUGUGAGGCUGCUGCUCUAGGUGCCAGUGCGUCUGUGCUCUCAGGUACUGAUGAGACUGCGCUCUCAGGUACUGCGUCGUCCUCGUCCUCCCUCACUUUCACACUUGACUCCGGAGCUUCUCGCUCCUUCUUUCGAGACCGCACUACCCUUACGCCGCUCGGCCGGCCGGUUGCGGUCUCCCUUGCUGUCCCCUCUGGGGGUCCUGUCCUGUCUCACUUCUCCACUGUCCUCCCGUGUCCGGCUGCCCCUUCGGGCACCCUGUCGGGUCUGUACCUUCCCUCGUUCUCUACGAACUUGGUGAGUGGAGCGGACCUGCAGGAUGUGGGGGUUCACCAGUUCACUCCUGCGAGUCAGCGGGUGACCCACUGCACGGAGGCACGCACAGGCCGACACCUGGCCACGUUCUCGCGUCGGCCGGGGUCGAGUCUCUACACCCUGACCGUUGAGUCUCCUCCUGUCCCUGCGUCUGGUCAGGUGGCUGAGUCGGGUCAGGUGCUUGCUGCUGCGUCCCGGUCAGGUCCUGAGUCUGCCCCCUGUUCUUGUCGCCUCCUGUCUCACGAGACUCUCCUGUGGCACCACCGUCUUGGCCACCCCUCCUUGCCCCGUCUUCGGAGCAUGGCUUCCCGUGUCCUUGUCUCUGGUCUUCCCCAGUCUCUCCCUCCUCUCCCCUCCGGGCCAGGACCUUCCUGUGUCCCCUGUGUCGAGGGUCGCCUCCGGGCUACUCCUCACUCCUCCCACUUCCCCCCGACAGAGGCUCCCCUGCAGACGCUUCACAUGGAUGUGUGGGGCCCAGCCCCCGUCCGUGGGCAGGGUUACGAGCGCUACUUCCUGUUGGUGGUUGACGACUACUCGCGUUACACCACAGUCCUCCCCUUGCGCAGCAAGGGUGCGGUCACUGAGAGGCGGAGAGUUCUCUUCUCGCCUUCUGCGGGACUACCGUCGUGCACGGGGGAUCCGCCAGACCUUCACGCUUCCGGACUCACCACAGCAAAAUGGGAUUGCUGA